AUGUAGCUGAAUGAAGACGAUGAAUAUAUAAGAUUAUAGAAAUUAUCAAUAGCAAUAAAAGAGAUCACACAGAUUUUACCUAAUUAAAAACAAUUUAAAGACAUUUCGACAUUGAAGUUAUUAAUAUGCGCUUAUCCAUUUUAACAACACAGUGUGGAAUUACUUAUUUCAAUUCUCUUUGAUAGAUUUAAGGAUGGAUAAUUUAUUUCUGCAUUUCACUAAGCUUGCUCUGAAGUGGCUUAACUCUAAGAACAAAGAGCUCUAUUAAGUUAAAGAUCACUCUCUCUUAAAUCAUCACGACUUACAAAUAUGUAAAAUACAUCUGUAGAUUCACGAAAGAGUUCACAAAAUGUGUCUUUUGCAAAAGCAGUAAUAGAAAAAUUACUGAUGGCCAAAAAGUUUAGUACUCGAUACUUAAAACAAUUAUUUUUAUAGGCAAACGAAUUAAAAAUGGACUUAGAAAAGAUGGCAAGGAUAUUCAAAAUAUUAAUUAUCAAUACAAAAGAUCAAGAAUUUAGAUUAAAAAUUAUAUCUAUAUUUGACGAAUGUAAAAAUGAUAUUUUUGGAAAUCGCUAAUGGGUAGCUACAUAUUAUGAAGAGAUAGACUAAUUCUUUUUAUAAAAUCAUGUAUUAAGUCCAAGUAAAUUACCCGAUUUCGCUCAAGAGAAAAACUCUAAAAUAACUUUUUAAGUGAUUGAUGAUCCCUUAAACUAUGAUAGUGAUGAUAGUCAAGAGGAGAAAAUUGAUAUCUAAAUUUAAAAAUGGCUUUGUGAAACUAACACAUAUGACAUACUUGAGAGAGAGGAGAUUUUCAAUAAACCAGAAAAUUUUGAUGAAAUUCUAAAAUUCAUUACUUAACCUGAAAAAGUGGAACUCCAUAAAAUAUGGGCUCAAUACUCUACUGUAAAUAUGUAAAAUGAUGAUCCUACUUAUUAUAAAUUGAUUGGAAAAUCUUUGAAGCAAGAAGAAACCAUACGUUCAUAUAAGGCCCUUUAAGUUUUGAUUAAGGAGGACAACUUUUAAUUUUUUGAUGAAUUUGUUAAAUAAAAUGUCAUUCAAAUCUAUCGUUUAGUUAAUGGAGUUUAUGAAUUUAUUAAUGAUUAAAACCAUAAUAUGAAUCUUAAUCAUGUUGCAAAACUCAUUGAAGUUACAUUAAUGAGACAACCAAAGUUAAGUGUAGUAUAAAUAGUAGAUUUAAAUCUUUAUUUUUCAUUGAGCCUCUACAUCUAUAAUUCUAUGAUAACCUAAAUUUUAGAGAGUAUCAUUAAUAUUAAGAUAGACUAUUAUUAAUUAGGGUAUUUCUUCUAGGAAUAGCUUUGGAAAUAUUUAUGUAGAACUGAAUGGUUCAAGUUUAUAGUCUCAUUGGUUUCUAAGGAAGGUGUAAAUAUGAAUAUUACAGAUAAACAUACUAAAACUGAGGCUACAAUUAGUAUUUUAUCAAUACUUAAGACCCUUUCAUAAUAUGAUUAAAAGCAAAUUAAUUCCUCAUCAAUAAACACUGAAGAUAAACAACUAUUGACUAACUUUUUGGGUGUGCUGCAAUCAGGUAAAACCCCUGAAUUGUAUUAUACAACAAAUUAAUUCAAUUGGUAAUUAAACAAAGAGAUUUAUGAAUACAUUUCAGCUAAUGAAUUUGAUAACAGAGAUUUAGAUAAUUUAAAUCAAUUUAUAUAAGAAAGAAAGAAUAAUACUUCGACAAAAUAAUAUUUCAUGGAUCUAAAAAAUUCUAAAAUGAGAAAAUCGUAUAUCCCACCAUAAAUUGAAAUAAUCGAAUAGGAAUAAAUUAUAUUAACUAAAUCUAUAGAAUCACCAGCACCAACCAGAAGUACAAGAACUAAAAAUAAUAUUAUUAUUAACACAAGAAAAAGUUAAUCAAAAGGAAUAUCUAAGUUAACUUAAUCUAAUUCUUUAUAAUCUUCUCCAACUUAACUAGUGGAAUCACCUUAUUUGGGAAUCACAUGCUUAAACUUAAAGUCUAUGAUUCAAUAGAAGAAACCCUAUUCUACAAGCUUUUAUUAGAUAACAAUAAAAAUCGAUAUUUUUAUAUCACUAAUCCAAAUUUAGACAUAGAACUUGAAGGAAAUUUUACUAAUGAUGGAUUUUUCUAGUUCAAGGACUUAAGACUAUUUAUCCAAGUUUAUAAAACAUCAAUUAAAAAAUACCUAGUAUGAAAAUUAGCUAGAAUAAUUGUAGAUAGAUUAUAAAUACUAUUAAAAAGGUAUAAGGCUAAUGCAUGAAGCAACUAAAUCAAUAAUGCAAUAUUUAAAAUAAAAUAAUGAUAAAGUUAAAUCAGCUUUAAGUAAAUUAGAUAUAUCUAGCAUGUCUAAAUGCUUCUUAAAUUAAAAUUUGUUUGAUAGAUAUUUUUAGAUAUAUAUGCUAAACAUUUUGGAAAAUUAGCCUUACGAUUCCAAUCUAUCAGAUGAAUGCGGAGUUUUCAUUAAUUAUAUUUUCGAAAAUGUGUUGGAAAUAAAAUCUCUUACUGAUAGUUAAAUGGAUCUCUGCAACAGCUUUUUAAAUUCAAUUGAAUAUCUUUGUAAAAUUAUUUUUGAAAUGCACAAAAAUCCUAAUUUCCUUAUUUCAACAAAACACAAAUUUAAGAAAACUUUGUUAAUGACAACUCUAAACACAGGCUUAUAGUUGUUCCAAUUAACUUACAGCGAUCAAAUUGAAAAACUAAUUAUUAAAUACUUAAAUGAAAGUGUUUUACACAUAUUGGUGAUCUGGUUUUUCGAUAGCGAUUCAAACAACACCUUUUAAAGAAAUUUCUUUAUGUUUUUAAACUUAUUACUUAAUUAAGCACAUUCUGCUCUGAUAUCAACUCUUUUUUUCAAAAUAGGAUUUAUUGCAUCACUGUAAAAUGCUUAUUCAAGAUUCUAUAUGAAUGGAAUCAAGAAUGAUUCAAAUUAUGAAAAUCUAUCAUACUACAUCCAAAUUAUAAUCCAAUUAAUUUAAAAUGUUAUUCAUUAGAGAUAAUUAGUAUAAAUUGAAAAAAAUUUAGAGACUAUGUAAUCAUGGCACAUUAUAACAGGAAAUAAAUAUAUAGAAUUAACUAAAUCGAUAACAAAUAAUAAUAUAGUUUAAGAUAAUAUGAUAAAUUUGGAUAAACAAUCAUAAAAUACACCAAAAUAUGCAAGCUUUCAUCGAACAGAAGAUCGAGGAAAGAAGGAAAGGAAGGUUGGUGAAAUUUUAAUUUAAAAGGAUAGAUCAACAUUAUCAAGAAAAUCCUUAUUACUUUCACCAAGAUUAUUACCUCUAAGUCCUGCAUUGACUAAUAAAUUUAAUUAAUAAAGUUCUUGA